UCGUUAAAUUGAGAAAGACCAACUAGUCUACAUGAAAAUUCAACAGCCACUUUUUUUGUUCUUUUCUUUAUUUUCCUUCUCGUCGUUUAAAGAUCUCUGAAGAUCCAAAUCAUCUCAAAUAUGGCAGAAUUUUACAGAAACCUUACUUUGGUGACGACCCUUUUGAUUUUGCUUCAACUAUGUACCAACGUAUCUUGCUCCACAAGCAACUCAAUCACCAGAAACCACACGAUACGAGAUGGAGACUCACUUGUCAGCGAGGAUGAAAGCUUCGAGCUUGGAUUCUUCAGCCCCAAAGAUUCUACUUUCAGGUAUGUCGGAAUAUGGUACAAGAACAUCGAACCUCGAACAGUUGUCUGGGUUGCGAAUCGAGAGAAGCCAUUGUUGGAUCACAAGGGAGCUUUGAAGAUUGCAGAUGAUGGGAAUUUGGUGGUCGUCAAUGGGCAAAACGACACCAUUUGGUCUACAAAUGCUAAGCCCGAGUCAAACAACACUGUUGCUGUUCUGUUGAAAACAGGGGAUUUGGUUCUGUUUUCAGACUCAGAUAGAGGCAAAUGGUAUUGGGAGAGUUUUAACAAUCCAACCGACACUUUCUUGCCCGGUAUGAGGGUUCGGGUGAAUCCUUCGCAUGGAGAAAAUCGGGCUUUUACCCCGUGGAAAUCCGAGAAUGAUCCUUCACCAGGAAAGUAUUCAAUGGGCAUCGAUCCUGUUGGAGCACUAGAGAUUGUGAUUUGGGAAGGGGAAAAGAGGAAAUGGCGUAGCGGACCGUGGAAUUCAGCUAUCUUUACGGGUAUACCGGAUAUGUUCCGUUUCACGAAUUAUAUUUACGGGUUUAAGCUCUCUCCUCCGGAUCGAGAUGGUAGCGUGUACUUCACGUAUGUUGCCUCAGAUAGUUCCGAUUUCUUGAGGUUUUGGAUUAGGUUUGAUGGCGUAGAAGAGCAGUAUAGAUGGAAUAAGGAUGCCAAGAACUGGACAUUGCUUCAAUGGAAACCGAGCACGGAAUGUGAGAAGUAUAACCGUUGUGGUAAUUAUAGUGUAUGUGAUGAUAGCAAGGAGUUUGAUUCCGGUAAAUGCAGUUGCAUUGAUGGGUUUGAGCCUGUUCAUCAGGAUCAAUGGAACAACAAGGAUUUCUCAGGUGGCUGCAAGAGAAGAGUUCAGUUGAACUGUAAUCAGAGUGUGGUUGCGGAUCAAGAAGAUGGGUUUAAGGUACUUAAGGGAAUUAAGGUGCCUGAUUUUGGAUCAGUUGUUUUACAUAACAACUCAGAGACCUGUAAAGAUGUAUGCGCAAGAAACUGUUCGUGUAAGGCUUAUGCGGUUGUAUUAGGGAUCGGAUGCAUGAUUUGGACCCAUGAUUUGAUCGAUAUGGAGCAUUUUAAACGCGGUGGAAACUUUAUCAACAUCCGGCUAGCGGGUUCUGAACUAGGAGGUGGAAAAGAAAAAUCAAAACUUUGGAUAAUUAUUUUCAGUGUUAUAGGUGCAUUCUUACUAGGAUUAUGCAUUUGGAUCUUAUGGAAGUUCAAGAAAAGUCUCAAAGCUUUCUUUUGGAAGAAGAAAGAUCUUCCAGUUUCUGAUAUCAGAGAGAGCAGUGAUUACUCGGUGAAGUCCUCAAGCUCGCCGAUCAAACUUCUAGUAGGGGAUCAAGUUGACACACCCGAUUUGCCAAUUUUCAGUUACGACAGCGUAGCCUUAGCAACAGGAGAUUUCGCUGAAGAAAACAAACUAGGACAUGGCGGAUUCGGUACUGUAUAUAAGGGAAACUUUUCAGAAGGAAGAGAGAUUGCGGUGAAGAGACUAUCCGGGAAAUCUAAGCAAGGGCUAGAGGAAUUCAAGAACGAGAUCUUACUAAUCGCGAAACUUCAGCAUCGAAAUCUUGUUAGAUUACUGGGAUGUUGCAUUGAAGACAACGAGAAAAUGCUUCUCUAUGAAUACUUACCAAACAAGAGUUUGGAUCGCUUCCUUUUUGAUGAGAGUAAACGAGGAAGUUUGGACUGGAGAAAACGAUGGGAGAUCAUUGGAGGAAUUGCGAGGGGAUUACUUUACUUACAUAGAGACUCAAGACUAAAGAUCAUUCACCGUGACCUAAAAGCUAGCAAUAUCUUGCUAGACACGGAAAUGAAUCCAAAGAUUUCAGAUUUCGGUAUGGCUAGGAUCUUCAACUACCGACAAGACCAGGCCAACACGAUCCGAGUCGUCGGCACAUAUGGUUAUAUGGCUCCGGAGUAUGCAAUGGAAGGGAUAUUCUCUGAGAAAUCAGAUGUGUAUAGCUUUGGAGUGUUGAUAUUGGAGAUUGUGAGUGGAAGAAAAAACCUUAGCUUUCGAGGGUCUGAACAUGGAAGUCUCAUCGGUUAUGCGUGGCAUUUAUGGAGCCAAGGAAAGACAAAAGAGCUGAUAGAUCCAACUGUGAAGGACACUAGAGACGUAACGGAAGCGAUGAGAUGCAUCCACGUAGGGAUGUUGUGUACACAAGACUCGGUCAUUCACCGACCAAACAUUGGUUCUGUUUUAUUGAUGUUGGAGAGUAGAACCAGUGAACUUCCACGUCCGAGACAACCGACCUUCCACUCGUUCUUGAACUCCGGUGAGAUUGAACUCAACUUGGACGGUCAUGAUGUUGCAUCGGUCAACGAUGUUACUUUCACAACAAUUGUUGGUAGAUGACUCAUUGACCAUAAGUUAUUAAUCUUCCCCUACGCUCUUUGACUAUUCAUUUUGUCUCGAAGUCUUUCCUCCAUAGUUUUCACUUUUCAACAUUUUUACAUAA